CCUUACCCUUGCUCUUGCUUAUCCAGCCUUCUGAGCACGGUCUGCCUAUGGCUCCUCGCCACUAGCUGGCAUCUACAAAAUGACUGAUAGUUCUAUAUCUACAGUCUACGCGUGGGGCUGCUUGAAUAGGCGUGGUGCUGCGCAGACCUAUCCCUUGCAGAUGCAUGGAUUGAGCGGUGAAAACGCUAUGAGCUGCGCAGCGGGUACAGACCAUAGCUUAGUUUUAUUAUCUUGCGGUGCAGUUUGGGUGUGUGGCCAAGCCGACGAUUGCAGAAGUGAUGUCCUACGUCAGGGAACGUCUGAUUCAGGGAUGACCUUUCCGAUGCAGCAGGCAAAGUUCGAUGGAGCGAGGAUUAGCAGCGUUGCCGCCGGUGACAGUACAUCGUUGCACCACAGAGUAACACGCUCUUUUUAUCUGAAUCAUACAUUCUCUUGUUGAGUAGGUAUGCGAUAUCUCAUUGUGGUAAGGUUUAUUCGUGGGGGCAGGGUCGCUACGCUGUGCUUGGACACAAUGAUGGUGAGCAGAACCACAUUAUGCCAGCUCGUAUCAGAGGAUUCCCAGAAGAUUCAAUAGUGCGGCGUAUUACAUGUGGACGUUGGCAUUGUGCGGCACUAGUCGACAGACAUCAGGUGUUUCUCUGGGGUAGAAACCACUGCGGGCAGCUCGGCCUUGGCUUUUUAUCGCGCGCCUGUGUUACUCCAGUAAAGAUUCUACUCGAACCCGACGAAGAUUGCCUUCUGUCGGUGCGUGAUCUUGCUGCUGGCACAAAUACCAUCGUCCGCUUUGAAUAUGUGCGAUAGAUCGCAUCAAGGAUAAGCAUAGUGGUGUUGUAGGAGAAGCGCACACAGUGGUCAUUGCUGAUGCCGGUCAUGCUGGAUUGGAUGUCCCAAAGCCGCGUUUAUUCAAUUAGCCACAUGAAUGAUCACCUGCUACCUAGAAACACGAGAGCUUAGGCCCGGGCAUACUCGUGGGGAGAUCCAAAUGAUUCAAGACUUGGUGGGGUUGAUGUAAGACUGCAUCAUUCACCACAGCUGGUCAAAACAAUAAAUCAUACCCUUGAGCGUCUUCGCUUGAAUAUUGCGAAAGAGGCUCAGCAACCAAAAAAUUCAAUUGUUUCGUGCGGGAUUGCACACACACUUGUCCUUACAACGACAGGUCAGUUCCUAGCGUGGGGCUGUGGCAAGUAUGGCCAACUAGGAUAUGGUGAUCUCUGGGACAGGGAGGAGCCUGUUGUGGUUCCAGGUGUGCAUUCGGUCCUUACAUUUGCAACAGGCAAUAGACACAAUAUUGCAGCCGCAUGCCGUGCCUUUCAGCGCAUCGAUGGUUUAGGAUACGCAAAAUAGGUUCAAAGGGUCGCUGAAGCUCACGCUGCUCUGGCCAAACGUGAAACUGUAUACGCCUGGGGCUCCAACGCCUUCGGCGAGCUUGGUCUAGGUGUGUCCCUGGUAUUCAUUAAUGAUGCAAGUUUUUGCGGCAGGUGACACAAAUGUUCGCCUACAACCUGCCACGUUGUGCACGCUCAAUGAAAGCAUAAAGGGCUGUGCUGCAGGAGCACGUCAUAGCCUUGUUCUUGCUCGUGCCUCAAGGUGAAACUUGAUCCACAUUAUUUGCGACGCUAAUGUGAUACUGCAUGUAGCACUCGUUCUAGGAAUGCCCCAUGGAACAGAAUAUCUAUUCAUGGUGACAGCGAGGAGAUAUCGAUCUUCCAUUUUGAUGUACUCCGUAAUAAAUUCAAGGACAGAAGACAAAGUCACGUCUUACCAGGUUCGCAUUAAAACAAGUCAUUGAGAUAUUGAUCAAGAUAUUGGUGUGCCAAGGUUUACGCUAUUGUCUUGACACGCUACCAGCCGAUCAAAAUGCUAGUGUUCGCUUCACCUACGAGAGUGUUCUGAGGUGUUUUCCUUGUCGGCAGUCCUAUGUGCUUCUUCACCGUGGCACAAAAUUACAUUAAACCGCUGAUGUAUCCAUUCAAUGUUGUAGGUAUGUCGCUCUUGUGCGCGGCGAUGCCACACGAAUCACAAUGUAGAGGCUAAGUUUGUCAGAUGGAUGCCAAGCUGUGAUAGAUGUGGAUGUGCUGAAAGCGGAAGCUGUAGUGCUGCGUGGAGUUGGGAGCGCAGUAUUUUUGACAAUUUUGUGACCCAAACAACGACUUCUCCUAACAAAGUCACCGAUGGAGUUCUAGAUAUGCGACACUUCAAGGAGUUACUACAAGUCAUGCACCCCGAAGGGCUAUCGGAGGAUGACAUUGACUCUGGUGAGGUUGCCUUACAUUCAAGAGCUGGGACUAUCACAUGGGCUGCGUUUCAAAAAUGGCAUAAUCCGUACUUUGAGGUGAUCACUUCUUGUUUCUCCCUUUGUCUGAUUCUCACUCCCUCUGCAUCUUAGGAAAUACGUCGCGCAGCCGAAGUAGAUCAGACUUGAUUCAUAUAUUCAAGGCUAUUUCAACUCACCACGGCUAGACACAUUGGCGCUUUCUAUCUUGGGCUGACCCGUGGGUGUGGACGGGACGCGCAAACACGGCCGUCAAACCUGAUGGGCUGCCAUACAGAUCGCAUACGCGGCUAAAGACGCCAGUAGCGAGACGUCUGGCCACUAGCACUUUCACACCUAAGCACCUGGAGACCAAAGUCAGCCCAAAGCCAAAUGAUUACAGUCGUUGCAGCUCGCCCAUAGAACAAGACGUCCGCACGCUCCAGGUGGGCUGACUCACUGCAGACUCACCCCUAGGAGUGGUCGAUGUGACUUUGCGAUAUUGCGUUACUCUAAGGCCAGUGUUCUCAUCAAGCAGCACCAAAAGCGUCGUUGCGACGUGUGUUUGCCCCUUGCUCGUAUGCGGGAUGUACACCCCCCCCGGGCCAGUACACGAACAGACUCGGCUCGUGUGGAGCCCUAAUCGUCCUCGAAUUUACUGUCCGACGCCGAACCCCCAUUCUAAUGAUCGUCAAAGCUCCAUUCAGGUCGCAAUUUGUUUGAAAGCGACUAAUUUUUUUGACGUCGUCCUCAGGCUAGGGACGAAGAAGCGGAGGCGUUCAAGUUCUAACGGCGUAUCGGACGCCAGUGCACACCAGGCGGGGCGUGCAGAUUGGGAUUGCUCCUUCGUUCUCGGACUUGCGCAGCGUCCCAUUGGUGUCCAAAGUUUUUUCAAGGGAUGUCCAAGUGAUCUGCCAUUGACGCCCGCCAUAUGGUCUCCCGACCGGCCGCUGGUUGACACGCGGCGACGGAAAAAGAUCGCGCGCUCAAGUGACCACGCGCUCAAGGCGAGCGGUAUAGUACUAUUAGGAUAAGCGAUACUUUGCGAUGCAUAGGGAAAUAGAGUGUGUAGCCCCGGACUUCCCCGGCAGCGUAGUGUAGUCGUCUAACGAAAUAGUUUCUCCC